UAGAAGGGUCCAACCGCUGGGGACGAGGGAUGAGUGGUGGGGGCGGGGGCGAUCUCUUCAAUGGUGGCCGUUACCCCAUUUACACUUUAAUAGAGAGCAGUGACGGCCACCCGAACAGCGCGGGCCCCACGCCUCAUGUUUACAACGCGUAACGGUUCCAGGUAGGGGAGGAGGAGCGCAUUCGUCGUUUUCUUGAAUCGCCGGGGGAGGCGGGGUGUGCGAGCCGGGAUGACACGGUGAUGAAAACGAGCGAACGCUUUCACAGGUUGACGAUCUGUGGCGACACCAGCAGAAGUAACCGACGCGAUUGUUGUGUUUAGGCUACUUGGAGCGACACGGGCUCGGCUUUUUUUAAAGGAGGAAUAGGCGGCGCCUGCUAAUUCCCGGAAAAAAUACAGCUCCUAAACAGAAUGAGACAUUUUAACGUUCGCAGGUCCGGGUCCAUCCGCUAAAGUUGACGCACGGACUUCGGCUACAAGCCGGCGCGUGAAAAAGGGUUCGUCCGUCAGUGCGGGCCGUCCGUCUCCCUCGCACUUUUUUGACAGAGAGCCAAUCAAAUCUGUUAUUCAAAUUUGCGCUCUUAUGUCAGUGACCUAUUUCCCAUGCAUGUGCGCCGCCUAGAGCCCACAGUAACCUCUUUGACAGACCAGACAGCAUGGGGCUCUAUGGGUUAGAGGCGCAGCCGUCUAGCGGAGCGUCCCGGCCGGAGGAGACAGCUGCUGACCCCCGGACGGAGCGGCGGGGUGACGGGGCGCCGGGGGAAGAGCCCAGCGUCGCGCAGGAGGACAGCUCCGUGCAGUUGCUCGAGGCCGGCUCCAAACCGGCCCCGUCCCCGGUCACCGACUGCGAGUCGGCCGUCCAGAUGGAGGAGCACGGCGGAGGAGGCGCGUUCGUCCCCCCCGAGGGGGGUUUCGGCUGGCUGGUGGUUUUCGCGGCAACUUGGUGCAAUGGGUCGAUCUUCGGCAUUCAAAACUCUUUCGGCAUCCUGCACAUGAUGCUGAUGAAGGAGCACGAUGACCCGAACGACAAGACGUCUCAGUUCAAAGUGGCAUGGGUCGGGUCCCUGGCCAUGGGCAUGAUCUUCUUCUGUUCACCUGUGGUCAGCAUGUUCACAGACCGCUUCGGCUGUAGGAAGACGGGCGUCAGCGGGGCACUGGUGGCUUUUAUAGGGCUGCUCAGCACAUCCUUUGCAAAAUCCCUGAGCCUUCGCUAUUUCACUUAUGGCAUCCUGUUUGGCUGUGGCUCCUCCUUCGCUUUCCAGCCCUCAUUGGUCAUCCUCGGACACUACUUCCGCCAGCGCCUUGGCCUGGCCAACGGCGUGGUGACUGCGGGUGCCAGCCUCUUCUCCAUGGGCCUCCCGAUUCUCCUCAACAAGGUGGUGGAACCUCUGGGCCUCAGUACGACCUUCCAAAUUCUCAGCCUCUUCAUGUUGGCCCAGGCCCUGCUAGCGCUGAUGUUCAAACCUUUACUGCCUGCUGGAGGAGGCAUGGGACCCCCAGGCAUGGGUCCCGGCCCCGCCGAACCCCAAACCCAGCCAGGAGCCACUGCUCAGGAGGGGACCAGGUGGAGCAGGGUUCUGGGGGGCGUCAGGAAGUACUUCAACCUGCGUGUGUUCCACAUCUUGACAUACCGAGUGUGGGCGUUCGGAGUAGCAACAGCUGUUCUGGGGUACUUUGUGCCGUACGUCCAUCUGAUGAAUUUCGUGAGGGAGCAGUUCAAGGGGACCCAGAAGGAAUGGGUGCUACUUGUGUGCAUAGGAGCCUCAUCUGGGGUGGGACGCCUUGCUUUUGGGAAAAUUGGAGACCUCAUUCCUGGCCUUCAAAAAAUCUACAUGCAGGUGGUGUCCUUCAUGGCACUGGGCUUGAUGUCCAUACUGAUCCCUCAGUGCCUGGCGUUCGAGGGGCUGGUGGUCGUGUGCGUGGUCUUGGGCCUGUGUGAUGGCUGCUUCCUCACCAUGAUGGCUCCCAUAGCCUUCGAGCUGGUCGGGCCCAUGCAGGCCUCGCAGGCUAUAGGAUACCUACUUGGCCUUAUGUCUCUUCCCAUGACUGCGGGUCCACCCAUUGCUGGUCUCUUACAUGAUUACUUUGGGAACUACACGGUUGCCUUCUCCCUGGCCGGGGUGCCCCCCAUAGUGGGAGGCGUUGUGCUGUUCUUCGUGCCUCUGAUACACCGCAGGCUGCAAGCAACAGCGUCAUCGGAAGAGACCUCCACCACCACCACCCACAUGCUACCCACUGCGGGGGAGCCCAAGAGCUGCUCCAAUGGAAACAUCCUGCCCGGCUACACCGACGUGGAGACCCACAUCUGAGUCGCACUGUACAAAGGGAUGCAGCCCACCAGCACCUUUUCUCAUCGUUAGAUUCCCCGCCUUUCGACCACGGACUUCCUGUCGUCUGACAUUUUACCCUCUCACCCUCCUGGACUCUCACGGGCUGUUUGUUUUUUUUAUGUGGAGAGAAAUCGAAAAGGGCGCUCCGGCCACUAGCUGCUGAGAGGACAAAAGAAGGCACAGCGUAGGAUCAUGGGAAGGAAUGAAGGAGGAUAAGCACAACACAGUCUCAAAAUCGGAUCGUUUAAUCUGUGGGGACUCUGUAGUAACACGUACCUCCAAGAGGAAAGAAAUGAAGACUGUCUUUUUUGAAGCUCUAAAAUCACAUUGCUUUGUUUCCAGAUUCCAUAUAAACACACUGUAAAGAUAACAAAAAUUAGGGUAGAAAUUCAUACUUUCUUUAUAGAGUUCCUCAUGCAUCUGCUUUUUCCUUUCAACACAAUACAUUUGAAUUAAGUUUGAUUAGCCAAACCACGAUCUCCUCUUUAGGGAUUUGCUUUAUUAUAUACCACUGUGACAGCUACAAGAGAAAACCAUCCAUGUGUUGUCAAUGUCUUGGGUUGUAACGGACAAUCAUUCGAAGGGAUCCGCCCUGAGUCGCAAUCAACUCAGCUCAACCGCACACUGUAAUCACACGCAGGGUCCAACAUACUUCAGCAGCUACUCCACCAGCCGGCCUGCAGGGGACACAGAUGUGUGGUUGUGGCAGUGGAUCGGUCCCACUGAUCCGUGUGCCACGAACCCUCGUUGGAGGUUUUGUCACAGUGUGGAUUUAGGUCAGGGACUUUUCUGCUUGUGGCAGGUUAUUUUAUGCAAUCAGAAGGGGAGGAGUCGGGAGGUCUGUGCAUCUGCCCCCGGAUUUCAUGGAACGCUAUCGUUGAUGCAAGGUCUUUACAGCCUUAACACUCAACAGGUUUUUUUAAUUUUUUUAAUUCUACAGUUAUUAUUGGCCUUUAAAAGUUGAAUCAGGGCACUGGACAAAUCUGCAUAAACUGUGUUUUUUAUGGCUUUGAAAAAGUUUUCACAGUAGUUUGUUGUAGCGGGAAGAGACGGAGUGAUGCAGUCGUAGCUGUUGGUUUGAUCAGAUUUCUAUCCACUUUAGAUUUGUAUCAUUUUAAUCAGAAUCUGUGUGUAGAUCUGCACUUGAAAGCAGCUGUUACCUUUCAAACCUGAGGGGGCUACUGGGAUUAAAGCUGCACAACGGCCUGAGCCCUCGUCAGGCCUUUUUACAGAUAAUCUCAUUCGUUUGCUGAUUGUUUAGCUUUGUGUCAUGAGGGCGUCACUCACUGUGUUGGCAGUAUUGGAAAAAAAGGUCACAGCCUCACUGAGAUAUUCUAUAUUAAUUCUGUUUCCUAAACGUUUGGACGACUUACCUCUGCACUCUUAGAUUACAAGUUCUUUUGAACGAUCGUUUUUAACAAACAUGUGAAGUACAGCUGCUGUUCUAGUUACAAUGUGGGUAUAUUCAUAACUGAGUGGCAGAGAGGGAAACUGGUAAGGAAGGAAAUGCCCCGGUGUUAUGUUGGUAGGCUUAUCCUUUCUGAUAAUUCCCUUCUCUGUGGUCACUGCCGGUUCUCAGUGGGCUCCUGUGUUACAACACGUUUGAGCCUAAAAGCUGCACAAACCUCAUUGCCGCGUACCUCAGUUAUCAAACAAUCCUCAGCAAUCCAAUGAACAAGUUCCUUAUUACUUUAUAAUUCACUCUUCUGUGUUGUGUUUCUUUUGUUGUUGAUGUAGAGUCAGGUUUCAGAGCCAGAAAGCUGUCAAACGCCUGUUUUCAAUAACCACGGCUUCCUCCGAAUCCGUGUCUGUUUAGCGACCACCGAGCUGUGGAAAUGUCAAGCUUCCAUUCCCUUUAAUCCUUUAAGUUGGUGCAAAAACCCAUGUAGAGAUUGUUCCUUACAGUUUAAGUCUGCCUUUACGUCCUCUGUAUCGUUGUUCUUGACCCUCACUAUUCCUGCUCUCUCUCACUUCUACCUCCACAUUAUCAUCUCAUCUUUAUCACGACUUAAUUUCUCUGUCUGAAGAAAUGCACUUAUAUAAAUGUCUAAUAUCCUGAACGUAAGUCAAAGAGACACUAAACCGUAAGCAGUGGAGAACCAUGUAAUGGUUGAAGUUUGGAAGUAAAAGCACUUGGGCCUCUAGUUUGACUGAGGUAGUGUCACAUUUAGUAGCAGACAAAAAUAAAUGGUAGUGGUUAUUCUUAACCGUCUCACUGCUUUAAUUGUCUACUUACCAGAGAUGUAAGCUAACUAGUAUUAUACCUCCUUUGAGGUUUUAGGUUCAUCAGCCUUUUUUUGCCGAUCAAAUGAUAUAAAUGUUAAAUAUGAAGCUCCUAAUAACAGUGUUUAAUUAAAACGUAAGACACCUCCUACUUUUACUGGCUAAUUUUAGUGUUUUAUUUAACCUAAUCUCUAUGCUGCUGCCUAAUCAAUUGUGAUUCACUGAUAUUUAUUUAAUUUCACUUAUUACAUUUUUGUGUUAUAAAGAUCGCAACGGUCACAUUUUCUUCAGGAAAUUGCAAAAUUCCAUAAAUCAUCCAUAAAUAACUCCAAACCCAAUUAGGUCCAAUUGAAUAGCAUUCUCCAACGAUGUAAACAAUUUUUACAGAAAUAUGUUGGAGGCAAGAAUUUGAUGAACCACUUCAUAUUUUAACUUGAAAUUCUGUUACUUCUCCACUAACGCUUUAAAGUACUGGCGUCGAACUAGAGACCUGUUCCACUAAAGGCCAUUAAAAAUGAAUACGUCUCUGGUGGCCAUAUUUAAGGACUUCAGCCUUUCAGUUACCUGCUAAAAGCUGAUUGUGUUUCCCUGCACAAUAUAUAUAUCUCUCUUAACACUAAAUAUAAUUGUUUAUUUGUGUUUUUGAAUUAUAUUUUUCACACCAAAUUCCUUUGUGUCAUGUCAUCACCUUGUUAGUUAGCAGUUUAACAUGAUUUAACCAACCCGACGACUAGAAGCAGGACAUUUGAUCAGGGUUUCUAGAUUUAAGAUUAUAAAGUGAAUUUUCCAGAUCUUAACUUGACUUUUGAUUCAUUAGUUUUCUUGUUUUCAUUAAGCUAUUGUAAAUUUUCCAUCUUUUGUUAGUGGCCUCCUUUCUUAAUUUGACCCGAGUCAGCAGACUCACCCAUUUUUUCAGAACUUUUUCAGAACUGCCGAUAUGCUCCUUGUUCUGCACAGAUUGUUAGACAUGUGUACUUUAUACUGUACACGUUUGUAAUGGUUUUGAUUAACCAUCAACUUUUUUUUUAAUUUGGUUAGUAACUACUGAAAACCGUUGUUUGAUCUGUACAGAUUUUAGAUUAUAUAUAAAAAAGUAGAUGAAUGAUACAGUACAUCUGGAUGGUUGCACAGCGUGUUUGGCUUUCUAGUGUUUUUGUCUGUGCAGCGUUGCUAGGCUCAAGUCCAUCUCCUGUGAUCGCUUCACUCUCUUGUCGUCAUGUUGAACUCCAAACAAUGAAUUGUAUCUCCUUUAGGACCAGCUAAACCUGCAGUAGAGCCCUUUACCUAAACCAUAAAUUGUUACUUAAUUUUUUUAAUCAUCUUCAUUGGACUUGCCCUUUCUCUCCUGUGUUGUUGACUUCUAGUUUUCCUUCUGGUGCUUGCUCAUGGUAUGCAGGUCACAGGACAGGGAGGCACACACGCUUUGGUCUCUUUCAAGGUCGGUGAACAAGAAUCCAAAUGUGUCAUGUCAAAUUAUUCUAAGGCUUAAGUUAAUUUUGCCUGUUGCUAUCUAGCAGCAAAGUAUCAGUCAGUCACCAGGCAGCACAACCAGGCCUCUCAGUCUCACCUCAGUAGAUGUUCCUCUUGGACCUCUUAUACUGCAACUUACAACCACCAGUCAACAAUUUUAUUUUAUUUUUAUUGCUUUUGACCUGAAUAACAUCUUUACGUGCUCCAUUGGUUCUAGAAAGCUUGUUAGCUAUAAAUACCCUUAAGUAUUUCUGCAUGGUGCCAUGGCAACACUUGGCAACACACCUUCUCACAGCGUUACAUGAUCAAAUCAGAAAACUAACUAUCUUAACUGUUUCCUUCUCUAAACCUGCAGUUAAACCUCAGUUACCUCUCUUCACUUCUUAAAGC